AAAAAAGCAGUGUGCCAACAAGAUAAUGACGAUGAUGAGGGUUUUUUGGAUGAAGAUGACGAAGCAGAAUAUGAUGCACUUCUUAUAAAUAAUACAUCAGAUCUUGUUGCAGCUAUGGCUUUAGUUCUCGGAUACGAUUUUGUUCCAUAUUUCAAAGAGUAUAUUAAUUAUAUUGCCAAAUAUUACAAAAAAACAAAACCGAUUUCUGAAAGAUCUAUGGCAAUUGGGUGUCUCGGAGAAACCACAAUCGGCUUAAAAGAUGGGAUAUCUGAGUUUACCGAACAACUUUUGCCUUUAUAUCUAAAAGCUUUGGCUGAUGAAGAUGAGGAGGUCCGAAGCAAUGCUGCUUUCGCAAUUGGGCUUCUUUGUCAAUAUACGCGUUUGGACAUUAGCAGCCGAUAUGGGGACAUACUUUCUGCAUUGCAUCCUUUGUUUACAGGACAAUCAGCAAUGAAUGUCACUGAUAAUGCAUGUGGGGCUGUAUGUAGAAUGAUUAUGGCAUGCCCGCAAGCGGUUCCUAUGGACCAGGUGCUAGAAGCAGUAUUGAGAACGCUACCAUUAAAACAUGAUUUUGAAGAAAAUGAGCCCGUUUUUAAAUGCAUAUGCACUCUUUUCCGAGCCAAUAAUUCAUUUGUCUUUAAUCAUGUUCCUGAGUUAUUGAAUAUUUUUGCAAAAGUUAUUUCUCCACCUGAAGAACAACUUACGGAUCAAACUCGCCAAGAGAUAAUGGAAAUUAUUCAAGCACUUAAUCAGAAAUUUCCUGAGGCAGUCCUUACUUGCACCAAUGCAUUUCUGGCUUCAAUAGCCGAUAUAUUGGCUCAAAAUAUUACAUUAACAAAAAAAAAGUAUGAAAAUCCUAUUCUUACACCAAAAUCUGAGUUAUCAACUUCCACAAAAUCUUUACAUAAAAUAGAAGAAAAAAUAGAAAAAAAAUUACCAUCAUCAAUUCCUACAAAUGAAAGUUUUAAUUACAUUCGCACUUUAAGAUUUUCAUCUUAUGGAUUUUUAAUUGCUCCAGUUGUUCAUACUUGGUUUUCUUUCUUGGACAGAAGAUUUCCACUGCCUCAAAUAACCAUUAGUCCUCAAAUAAACAUUAGUCCUCAAAUAAGCGUUAGUAAAAAUUUGUUAGCUACACAGAUGAAUGUAGUAAUUAAACGACUUACCGCAGAUCAAAUUGUAUUUGCUCCUUUCGGUUUGUUUUUAUUUUUUAACAUUAUUGGUUUGCUUGAAGGUCAUGAUAUAAAUGAAAUUAAAGAAAAAUUUCAUGAGGCAUAUAUUCCAGCUUUAAAAGCAAAUUAUGCUGUUUGGCCAAUUGUUCAACUAAUUAAUUUUAGAUUUCUUCCUUUAAGAUAUCGGUUGCCUUUCGUUAGUUCUAUUGGCAAUCAAUCUAAUGACGUUACAUAUCCAGAUAAUACUCCUAAAAUCUCAAAUUCAGACAUACAAUUAUUAGAAAUAAUACGACCUCUAAAACAAACUUUAGAACCAAUAGACGACUUAUGUAUGGAAUACUUCAUGAACGAAGGAAUAUGGGUAUUACAACCUCGCACACGUGAUGUGCGAGAGCGGGGAAUCGGGUCACUUGUGUAA